UUGGAUGCAAAUUAGAUUGAAAGGCCAGGGAAGAGGGAAGAAACACUUCAGCUCAGCCCGAGUAGGUUGUUUCGAGGGCUGAAAAGUGUCCGAGUGGCUCGGAAAUACGACCAAGUGGACUCGAGGGACUUCGGUCGAAGUCCACUAUGUAGCCGUGCGCGAUUCGGAGACGCCCCGCCGCCCAACGAGAGCCUUGAGGAUGGCUGAAGGAACAAAGGAGGAAGACGGCGGACAGGGCUUGUUUGCCUUGCUGCCCUGGGACAGGUUCAGCAACUGGCUGCACUGCGUCUGUGUCGUCACCUUUGACCUCGAAAUUGGACAGACUCUCGAGUUGGUUUACCCUGGUCAUGUGCGGCUGACAGAGCAAGAGAAGACAAACAUUUGCUACCUCGCGUUCCCUGACUCAAACUCAGGGUGCAUGGGCGACACGCAGUUCCAUGUGCGGAUCCGCCAGUCGCCCGGAAGACAAGGCCUCACGCCCGACCACCGAGUGUACAACUCGAGCUGUCCCGUCCACCUGCAGGCAGACCCUUCCCACUUCCACGGCUACGUCUACUUCCGCCAGAUCAAGGACAAAACCAUUCCCAGGGGAUACUUCCAAAAGAGCGUGGUUCUGCUCUCGAGGCUGCCUUUUAUCAGUUUGUUCCACAAAGUCGCCCACCGAGUAGCCAACGAGUUCUUCGACCGAGGCGAAACUAGCAUAGAGGCCUCCUGCCAUGAUGUGGAUCAGUGGCCAGUCCCUCUUCCUGGGGAACAAGUUUCUCUUCCUCUUCUUGGAGAAAUAAUUCAAACUCAAAUUCCGUGCAAAAGCAGCAGUUUAAUGUCACCCGGAUCUCCGAGCAAGUGCGUCGUUCAAGCGCCGUCGCCAACUGUACUUCCAUCAGUGCAUGAGAUAAACUUGUUCAGAAAUUUCUGUCCGGUGCUUUCGCAUGUGCAUCUGUUGUGGGAGUUAGUGCUGACGGCCGAGCCGAUCAUCGUGAUGGCACCUUCGCCCACUGUUUGCUCUGAAAUGGUCUACUCACUAGUUAGUAUGAUAGUGCCGCUGCUGUAUUGUGCAGACUACCGGCCGUUUUUUACGAUACACGACUCUGAAUUUAAGGAGUACACGGCCAACACUCAUGCCCCUCCGUCAGUCAUCCUGGGGGUGACAAACCCCUUCUUCGCUAAAACCCUUCAAAAUUGGCCACAUAUCAUUCGACUGGGCGAGACUCCAAAUCUAGGUACUGAAAAUUUAAAAAGAAAAAUUUUAUCUUAUUUUUUAAAUAAAUUUUUUUUCUCAGCAACUCCUCAAAAACACAAACUGAAAAAGGCGAGCAACCUGAAGAUGCUGGACUCAAAACCAGGCGUCUACACUUACUACAAGUCCUUUCUGCAGAAGGACAAAAACAUAAUUAAGAAGCUGAUGAAAGGCACCCAGACCAAGAGGCCCUGCGAGGUGCAGAACGCAAUUUUGAAGCGGCACCUGCUCGAACUCACGCAGAGCUUCAUGAUUCCCCUCGAGAGGUACAUGGCCAGUUUGAUGCCUUUGCAGAAGAACAUUUCCCCUUAUAAGGCUGCGCCAAUUCCGAAGCCAUUCAACCCCGACGACUUCAUUGCGACGUUGGAAACUUCCGGUCCCCAGCUGACCACUGGAAUCAAAGGGGAUUGGGUUGGACUGUACAGGAAGUUCUUCAGGUCGUGCAACUUCAGCGCUUGGUACAACGCCAGGUACAGGGAAGUGAGCCAGAAACUGCAAACUCUGCAGCUGCAAGCGCUUUCUGAUGCGGACCUCAAGUUGUGGGUUCAGGGAAAGAAGGAGGUCGAGGUUGUGGACAUGGUGUUGCAAAUUCGCCACAAAAUCGAGCAGAGCCAGUCCGAAGAGCUUCCUCUGAGUGGCGUCACAAAGCAGCAGCUCCAAACGCGGCUGGACGACAUAAUUUUUACUCUCCCCGAAGACUUGCGCUCCGUGCUUAAAAACUGCUGACCUGUGCCAGUGCAUUGAAGACGCCCAUCUUCUAAUUUUAUUUAUUAUUUGCAUCAACGACUCUUAAGCCUGUAAGCCGGGAACAAGUUUUCUUUUUUAAUUAUUUUAACCAUGACUUAUGAAAUAGUGAUGUUUUAGCAAAGCCCGCCUGAGAGGUUGGCAAAUUUUAAUUAACCGAGAUUAUUAUCCAUGUCUGUUUUCAGAAAGGAGAAAAAUGUUAAAUUUGAUUUAUUUAAUAUUUGUUGAACAGUUCAAACAGUGCAAUUUUAAAAACCUUAUUUUCUACUUUUGAAAUUACUGGAGAUGCAAUUAAUUAUUCAUUUAAAACCCCCCCAAAAGAAAACUCUAGGCUCCACUCAACUUGAUUCUACUUGGUCUACGCUUAUUGUUAGCCACAAUUAUUUUUACAAAAAGUGCAGCUUUUGUACAAAGUGAGAAGUAAACUAUUUUAAGCAGCAUUUUCGACGGUGCUGUCGGUUGUUUUAAACAAGAGAUAAUAAUAAUUAUACUCUCUCGUAAUUUGGUCUAGAGUGAAAAUAAUACUUAUGUGUUGAUCUUCAUGACAAAUUGAGUUGGUUCGUGUCUGAAGCAGCGAAUAUUUAUUUAGUGUCGGCAGGUACGGUGUGAAGCAAAGGCUCAAGUGAGCUUCUGCCGCCGAAUCUCAAGUGUUAUUUUGUAUGUUUAUUAAAACUGUAAAACUGGGGAGCGAUUUAUGAGAUUGUGAAGAUUGUUUAAUAAAUUUUGAAAAGAGGUGAUGCAUUUGA